AUGUACGAUUUUACAAGAAUGCAAAAAUUAGUUGAUAGAAUGUAAAAACUAUAACCUCCCAAUCCUCCCCCCGAUAAUAGGUUUUUGCCUGAAGAAUUAAAGAAAGAUAAAAUUGUAGAAGAUCCCCAGAAGGAUGUAAAGAAGGCAAAAAGAUAACUCCUAAUUAAGAAUUAAAAGGCUUAAAAUGGGUUGAAGCCCAUCGAAGAUGAAAGACUUUUUUUGAUUUAAAAAGAGAAUUACUUAAAGAAAAAGUAAAGAGAAUUGGAGAUGGAGCAAGUCAAAAAAGAAUUAGCAGAAUAAAAAAAGUAGGAAAAAUUAAAAUUGGAAUAAGCAACCUAAAGGGCACUCGUCGUUGUCAAAGAAAAAAAAGAGAUGACAUAAGUUGAGAAGGAAGAAAAAAUAAAAAAGCGAAAUGAUAAUGAAUUUUAUAAGAGAAAACAAAAAGCUAAUAAUUCAAUAUAAAUGUCCUCAAUCGACGCAUCCUAUGUGUCACAAAAUUUAAAUUCCUCUUUAAUUAAGAAAUAAAUUUUGGAUUACCAUACUCUACCAAAAGAACAAUAUAAUCGCAUUUAUCGUCAACCAGUAAGCCCACCAAAAUGA